GGCUGGGCAUUUAGCAGCCCGGCGUCCACUCUCACCGAGCCUCGGUCCCCGCUGGCUAAGUCCCACUGAAGUACGCAGUGUAUAUGAGUGAAGGAUCCCGAUCCGGGGCUGAUGGCUCACAGGAGUGACUCACACUCCGGCGAGACGUGUGUGACUCUGUCCAUGGUCGGGACAGGUGCCUGUGGGGGCGUUAUGGUCCACGGAUGAGAAGACGAUCAAGAUGGAUCAAUCAAUGUGAGUGGCAGCAUGUACAAAGAAAACUGAAGUUGUCUGAGUAUUGAGCCUUGUGGUACACCAGAGAAGAGUGGGGAUGCAGUGGAGGAGACGUCCUCGAGCAUAACUGAAAAUAUCAUAUAAAGACGGGACCUGCAGGGUGGGGCUCCAGACAUGAGCUCAUGGGUAGACAUUAGUGCAAUUGGGCUGAAAACUUGUGGUGUGGAUCCAAACUCAGGCCGACUCAUCCUUGAGACAAUAUCAGGAAACGGAAGCGGAGUUGCUUCAGUAUGGCCGACCUGCAGGAAACCAAAGCCGCUCUCCAUUUAAGGACUCUUUCGGCCUACCGCCUGAAACCCUCAGCCCCGUCGUCCAGUACUUGUGAUGUCAGCGACAAAGAAUUCCCCCCAUGGGACUAUUUGUCACAUGUACACGGAACAUUGGUAAUCAGUCAGUCAUUAUGUCUCGUAGGAGCUGUCGCCUGGUGUCCACCGGUUACUACAACUCAGAUGAUGAAUCUGACUCAAGUAGUGUGACAAACAUUUCGUACCGAGAGAACCCAGUCAAGGUUUUCAAGAAGAAGGCGGGCACCCGCAAGGCUGCUUCCCGCACUUCCACUCGAGCCAACAGCAAUGCUAGCUCCACGAACGUUGAGUCGCCUGUUGCCACAGCCAGGAGACCUUCUCUGAGCACCCAGACUGACCUUACAAUGAGGACCGUGUCCUACACCACUCCCAGGCCCACAACUCGGACCUCCCUGACCUCUGCUUCAUCGGCCGCACAUCAAACUCCCACUCACUCUCCACCGCCGCCCCCAGAGAGGUUCCGCGGAUCCAGCCAGGCAGUACUAUACGUGCGACCUGACCAGAGUAAGAGCUGCAUAGACAGCUCUGGCUACUCCUCCUGUGAGGGCGCCAACCUUAAGCCCCCAGCUACCACUACCAGAACUUGGACCACAACAACCACGACCAGCUGCAGCAAAGUCAGAAGUAACAGUGGGCCUGUCAGUGUAGGAUACAGACAUCGAUUCAACAGAACCCUCUGUGGUUUCAAGGAAUCACUAUCAGCAAUGACUACAAGGAUGCAGCUGACAGAUUUAGCCAACAAAUGCCUACUCAACAACCAAACAAAGAAAAUUUGCAUUGCUCUCAUCUUCCUUGUUGCUGCCCUUGUCUGUCUUUGGUUCCUCCCACCAUUGUUGCCCCCUCUCACCUCUUUCAUGUCCAUCACAAAGUUCCUGUCACAGACCACCAAGCUCAUGCAUGACGCUGUUCCACCCUCCAUUCUUCCUCAGUCAAACACCAUGCUGCCCACAUCUGCAACGGAUUCUGCAUGUACAUCAGUACCUUUUGAUGUAGAAGCAAAGAUGCAGCUCCUGUCGGAGAAUAUGCAGUCGAAGCAGGAGCUCUUCUACCAGAUCAAGGCACAAUUUGAGGAGGACAUGCAGAGUAUGAGGGAUGAUCUCAAGACAGCGAAGUUCGACAGUGGGCAGCAUAUGGACCAGGAGGUUGCCGCACUGGGCAAGCGAAUAGAUGACCUGGAACAGGCUUUCAGCACCAAAAUCCAAGUUUUAGAGAACCAGAAUGCUGAGUUGUCUCAGGAGGUGUCAUCCAUCCAGCUGCCGCCUCCUCCGAUGCCUUGUCCUGACAUCAGCGCCAUCACCUCCGCCCAAAAACAUCUCACGCCUGAGCUCCAGCUGGCCAUGGAGAAUUGGCUCACUGACCACAUGCAGGCUCAGGAUGCAAUGAGACCACAGGACAAGGGAACCUCUUCAGACUUGCAACCCAUUGCUAACAAGAUGGCUGACUUCGCCUUGGAGACUCAAGGUGCCAGUGUUGUCAGCACCCGCUGCUCUGACACCUAUCGUACCCGCUCAGCAUGCGUCACCUUGUUUGGAUUCCCCUUGUGGUAUCCCACCGAGAGCCCCCGCACUGUCAUUCAGGGCCAUCCGGUGAUGCUUCCGGGCAAAUGUUGGGCAUUCCACGGUGUUCAGGGAACUCUGGUCAUUGCCCUGUCUCACCCCAUAAGGAUUACGCAUGUGACGCUGGACCACGUGCCGCGCUACAACACCCCCAAUGGCCGCAUUGACUCCGCCCCCAAGGACUUUGCUGUCUAUGGGAUGAAGGACGAGGCGGAAGAAGGGACGCUGCUUGGAACGUUCACGUACAACAAGGAUGGCGAACCCACGCAGACCUUUGAGCUGACCGAUCCCAGUGUUGCGGUCCAUCGAGCUGUGGAGCUUCGCGUCCUCAGUAACUGGGGUCACGUGGAAUAUACGUGCAUCUACCGCUUCCGCGUGCACGGCGUCAUGGAGGCCACAUGAUGGCCCCCUACGUGGUAGUGGUGAGUUCCACCACUAGAGGCCGCUAAAUCAUUGGCACUGAUUCUUUCAGAGGAUUUUUUUUCAAACAUUGUUGCAAUCUAGCUAAAAGCUAAUAUCUCGGCGUUUUCAACAUUUAUCAAUAAGAAAACUGGAGAUACAUGCUUUUCAUUGGACAGCCAAUAUAUAUAUAUGAAUAUAUAUAUAUAUAUGUAAUGACUUUACUAAUUUUUAGUCACCAGCUGGAAGAAUGUAGCUAAUAAAUAUUAGGUCAAAAUGAUACAUAUCCACCAUAUACCAUAACAACAUUCACUUUCUUCUUGAUUCUUAAAAUACUUGAAACUUUUCUAGCUUCGUGUUGAUCCAUGAUGCUCGUCUUCUUUGUAAAAAAAAAAAAAUGCACUUGAAUUUUGUAUGAAUGCAAAGUCAGGAAAAAAACUAUUUAUUUGAGAAUGUAUGUACUUGUAUUUGUGUUGUAGGAUUGUUACACAAAUAUUGAAAUGCUUGUCUAAAUUAACGAUACAAAUGUGUAUUACUGCCACACUGACAGGAAAAAUUUGUAAAAAAAAAAAAAAAAGUUAGAAGGAAGUCAUCGGGCUGCGUGAGUAAGCAUGAGAAAAAUAUCUGUAUUUUUAAAGUUGAAUAUACAGUAAACCUUGGAUAUAUCGUAUUCAAAUCUGUUAUAUGUGUAUACCGGAAAAUGUCCGUUUUACGCAUAUAUCGGAUUUAUAUCCGGAUUUAUAUCCGGUAUAUGCGUAAAUCGGAUUUUAUCCGUUAUAAAAAGUCACUUCCUUGACUAUGUUUCCAAUGUACCUGGACGCGCAGGCAACGCUGCAAACGCUGCAAACGCUGCAAACGACGUCGUACAGCGGCCUGUCACGAUUCGGUGAAUAGGAGCGCCACGAUGCGGCCAUCCGAUAUAUGUGAGGGAAAUUUAAUGGAAAUGCAUUGGAACGGGACUGGAGAUUUUGUCCGAAAUAGGUGAAAUCCGUUAUAAAAAAUCUGAUAUAUGCAAUGAAUUUUUAUUGGACAUGCAUUACAGAAAAAUUGGUUCUUUUUUAUCUGUCCGUUGUGAGCGAAUUUCCGAUAUAUCCGAGUCCGAUAUAUCCGAGGUUUACUGUACUUCAAAAGGUAUCAUUUUAGGAGACUAAAGUUAUAUUUUUAUGAAUUCUAUUUUUAUAAUGUUAUGACUAUUUUCGGAAUAUACGACAUUCUACUCUUAGCACCCUUGCUUUGUUUUUGUAAUCUUCUAAAAUUGAAACUUUAUUCUUUUAUUUUCAAUUCUGAUCAUAUCUGAACUCGUAAAUGUACUAAUUUAUUUCUAGAAAUGAUUACUUUUUUGUAAAAUUACAACUUCCUUCUGGUAACACCACAACUUCAUUUUCAUCAAUUUACAAGUUUAUUAAGUCAUAUUUGUCAUAUUCUUGGGACAUUAUAUAAUGUUAUUAUUAUAACUAUUUUAUAGUACUAUGACUUCACGUCACAUUAUGACUUAUUCCCCUAAAAUUACAAAUGUACAAAAACAAUGUACAGAACUUUUGGUAAGAUGAUACCUUUUUUGUUCUAAAGUACAACUUUUUUCUCCUAAAAUGACUUUAUCCUUCUAAAAUUAUAACUUUUGACUGGUGUAAUUCAUUGACUUUAAUCUUUUUUUCUGUGUGGCCUUAAUAUUUCAUAGUUGAGAAAUGCUUCCAUGUAUGUUGUAAUAUUUAAAAUGCAAAUGACCUGCAAGGUUGUACAACUGCCUCAAAGUUCAGCUUCAGUUUCCUUGCUUGACGGCACUUUUCAGUGUAUAAUUGUUAAUUUUUUAUGAGUUGUGUACCACAGGGGAAUCCUGGUUGAAUCCAUGUGUUGCAAGUAUAUAAACUAUACUAUAUAAGAACAUGUAGGGGGAAAAAAGGCAGUCCUACUUUAGAUUGUUGAAAUAAAGGUACAGCAUCAUUUACAAAAGGAUCUUUUUUUUUUUUUUACCAGGUAAAUUUUUUUUUUACCGUAAAUCUUGUGUUUCAUCUUUGUGAUUUGCAUUUCCAUCACACAAAGUUCACGUUAAAUGACUCAACGCAGCCAAACACCAUCUGUGAACAGAAACACGACAAGUGUGUUCAACCAAUCAGGGCUCUUUAGCACUAAGCCCGCCCCUCAAAAGCUCCUGGGGCUUGUGAAAAGACCCACCAUACUCUGUCCUUUUUCAGGGCACGAGUUUUAAUCUUCUCAUUUUUUAUGAGAAAAGUUCUUGUGGUGGAAAAGAGGCUACUCAUGAAAAGUAUAGUUUUCUUUUUGGAAGAGUUCAUAGUUGAUGCUUUGUGUGGAAUGGAUGUAUACUAUUUGGCAGGCUGUUAUUUAUAAUAAUGCUUUGAAUGUCAUAUUUAAACAGAAAUUGCUAGAAUUUUAUUUUUUUUCUGUUUCAAUUUGAAUGUAUGAAAUUAAUAAAAUAUCUUUUUUGAUUAGAUUGUCAGUAAUUACUUUUGGUAAGCUUUAUCAUAUUAAAAUGUGUUGGCACACUGCAGUAUACCAUCUGCUGGAUGUGAUGGAGUACUUGGAGUACUUGUUAAGUAACUGUACUUUAACAUGCAAUUGGAUGUCUAUAUUAUGACUUUGCAACUUUUUAUUCCCAACAGGCUAUUUGCAUGGCGAGCAAGCA